UUGAUUGUGAGACAGGCCGCGGCGCGAGCGGGGCCUCACACACACUACUGGGGGAAAGCGGUGUGACACGAGAUAACGGGCGCGGAUAGACAAGGAACCACCGGACGACCGCGUACCGGUUCCCACAGUAACGGCCGAGCAAACGAGCACAGAACCGGGUGGCUCGAACCCGCACCGGAGACAUUAAAAACCAGCGGCCGUGCACGCGGUGGAGCGGUUUGUUGGCCAGCCGACUUGCAACGUAGCUAACCAUCGUUAGCAACCGAACCGGGCUAGCAGGCUAGCCAGCUAGCUUCUGCGAGCCACCGGCCGGACGCAUACGCACGCACGUCCGCACGCACACGCGCGCGCGCGCGUUUGUCCACCGCGAACCGGGCCGACGCCGGAUUUCAAGUUGAGCCAAAGAAGAAGAAAAGGCACCGGCGGCAGGAGGCUGGUUCUGGGGGCGCGGCCAGAGGACCAGACUCAAUGAGUUUCCAGCGUCAUGUCCGAGAAGUCAGGGCAAAGCACCAAGGCAAAGGAUGGCAAAACCAAGUAUGCAACCCUUAGCCUCUUCAACACCUACAAGGGCAAGUCUCUGGAAACCCAGAAAACUGCAGUGGCUGCCAGACAUGGGCUCCAAAGUCUGGGCAAAGUGGCUUCCAGCCGGCGCAUGCCCCCCCCAGCCAACCUGCCCAGCCUGAAGGCCGAGAACAAGGGAAACGACCCCAACGUCAACAUCGUCCCCAAAGACGGGAGCGGCUGGGCGUCCCGACCCGAGGGAGGCGAGGAGAGGCAACAGGAGACGCCCCCCCCACCCCAGACCAAACCACCAGUGCCUCCGCCACCAGAGCCUUCUGUGGGGGGCGGCCGCUCCUGGGCCAGCAGCAAGCCGCCGCAGCCGGAAGGUGCUCCUCGCGUCAGCAGCCAUUUUCAACAGGAGUUCCCCAGCCUGCAGGCUGCCGGCGAGGCGGAGAAGGGGGAGGAGCCGGAGGAGGAGCCUUAUGGACCGGGCCCCAGCCUCCGACCUCAAAAUGUGGGCAGUUGGCGUGAGGGCGGAGGCAGGAAUCUGAUGGCUGCCCCCACCCCGCCCGAGACUGACGGCAAGGUCCCGGAGGAGGCCGCCGCCGGCCUCGGGACCUCCACGUCAGCAGGGGAGGCCGAGGAGGCCGGACGCAACCUAACCGCCGAGGGCAAGGAAGGGGUGCCCGGCUCUGCCCCCCCGGCGCAGCCCAAACUCAACGGGGGGCAGCAGCCUCCCGCCGGCGUCCCGACGCACUUCGACCCUGCGUUCAGGAGCAUGAUGCCUCCCUACAUGUUCCACGCGUACCCUCAGAUGACCUUUGCCCCGGGGCAGGGAAGCCUCAGGUACCCGUCACCCCAAGACGGAGCCAAGAUGGUCAGGGGUCCUCGUCCGGUGCGGACCCAGCAGGCCCCCCCUCAGUCCUGGCACCAGGACCCCGACAGACCCUCCAUCAUCAGCGCAACAGAGCUGAAAGAGCUGGACAACCUGGACACGGACACCGAUGAGGGCUGGGCGGGAGCCCAGAUGGAGGUGGACUACACGGAGAAGCUGAACUUCAGCGACGACGAGGAACACGCAGCGAAGGAGAAGAGGGAGAACUGGGAGCGGACACACGCUCGCCCCCCCGACGGGCUGGAGGGCGCCGAGGACCGCGGUGGCGCUAAAGCCUUGUGGGCCGACGGCGGUGCCAGGGCGCCUUCGCCUGGCGGGGCGGGGCAUUUCAGCAAGUUGUCCGCCCCCCAGGACCAUCAGGGUGGCGGUCGCUCAGUCGGGGGCGGAGCCCAACGCGCCACCAAACCACCACCGGCGGCGGCGGCGUCCGGGACUGACGAGGACCCGGAAGCCUGGCGGCAGAAGCGCAAGAAGCCACAAGAGGUCUCAGAGGCCGUGGAGCGAGCGAGGCGGCGGAGGGAAGAGGAGGAGCGGCGGAUGGACGAGCAGCGACUUGCCGCUUGCGCUGAAAAACUCAAACGUCUCAACGAAAAACACCGGCAGGCCAAUGAGAGCAAGUCCCCUCCCCCUCAGGCCACCAACGAAGAAGACGGAGCGGCCCAAGAGGAGUCCUCCUCCUCGGCCUCCGCUCCCAGUCCUCUGCCGCCGGUCCCAGCGCCGCUGCCACUGGUCCCGACCACGGAAGCUCCACUACCUGAGGGGAGGGGGGAGGAGGAGGAGGAGGAGGGAGCAGAACCAGAACCAGAACCAAGUGUCCCCGAGGUGGAGGUGAUGGAGGAGGCGCUGGUGAAGGAGGAAGAGCCUCCUCGUCAGCCCAGCCCCCCCGUCCUGAGACCCGUGGUCGUAGCUGCGGAGCCCCAGGCGGAUGGGGGGAGCCCCUCGGUGGAGGUGGGCCCCCCGACGGAGGAGAACCAGGUGGACGAGACCUCCGUAUCGAUCCGAGACUACUUCACCCUGGAGGAGGAGCGCGUGGACGAGCCCCGCCUGCCCCCGCCUCCCGCGGACCCCCCGGGCGGGGAAGACGCCCCCAUGGCGCCGCCGCAGCUCGAGGGAGAAGCGGCCGCCGCUCUGCGUCCGUCGCUCACGGCGGGAUAUUCCAAACAGUUCCAGAAGUCUCUGCCGCCUCGUUUCCUCCGGCAGCAGGAGCAGAUGAAGCAGCAGCAGUGGCAGCAGCAGCAGCACCAGGGUGGAGGCUCGGUUUCUCCCUCAGGUGGCAGCGCCGGCGUUGCAGCUCCACAACAACACCGCUCCAUGUAUCCACCUGUUGGCCCCCACCACCAGCACCUGGCCUCCAUGGGCUUUGACCCCCGCUGGCUCAUGAUGCAGUCCUACAUGGACCCCCGCAUGAUGCCUGCUAACGUUCAUGCAGGGAGGAUGCCCCCGAAGCAGAUCGCGCGCCGAGAGCCGGGAGACAACGCCACCUCCGACUCCUUCGACCAUCUGACCCGGCCGGUUCGUGACCACGGCCUGGUGUGGGGGGCGGAGCCGCUGCGGCCCCCAACGCCCCCCAAAGGACGGGAUGAUAUCAAGGAGCCCAGGAUGGAGUCUGCGUUGGAUCUGGACCGGGUUCUACCGGCCAUGUACCCUCAGGACCACAGUGCAAGUGACUUCUUCCAGGACACCACAGAGUCCCUGUCGGCGUUUACCCAGCGCCCAGAGGACGUGCCGCUGCUGCUAGACCGAGGGCCCGUGGGCCCGGCCUUUGACCCCGAGGAGCCGCGCCCACCCAGUGGGGGGGAGGUGGAGGCGCCCGGCCAGAGGGGCGUCUGCGUCCGCUCCCAGAACACCAGCCUCCUGCAGCUGGACGAGCCCCGGUCCGACGCGCUGCCCCUGGGGGUGAAAUCGGAGGCGCUGCAGGACGGCGAGCGGCCCGACGAUGAACCCCAGAACCAACACCCACAAGCUGCGGUGAGCGGCAACAGGGCGACGCCCCCUGCUGACGGCUUACACAAACAAGAGAAGCUGCCUCUGCCGGCCUCCAGCAAGCAGAAGGCUGAGCUGCGCUGGGCCGCAAGAUCCAGCGCCGCACGCAGGGACGGACCCGGGGGGGAGCGGCCCGCCCGCCGGUCCGGACCCAUUAAGAAGCCUGUUCUACGGGACAUGAAAGAGGAGCGGGAACAAAGGGAAGAGAGGGAGAAGCGCCAGGAGAGGGGCGAACGAGGCGACCGGCCCAAAAAGGACCCGUCGUGCAGAACUCCUUCUGCCGCUGCUGUCGUGUCCGAGGCCUCCGGGCCUCCGGAGGAGCACCAGGGGGACGCCGCCGAGCCGGAGGAAAGCAGAGACGCGCCGCCCUCGUCCGUCGUCCCCGCCGCCGCCUCCCAGGAGGAGAAGCUGGUGGACAAACCGCCCAGCGCCGACAAACACCCGGAGCCCAAGCUGCCCUGCAGGAAGGAGUCCAGCCUCCCACCGCGGCCCUACCGGCGGGACGAGCGGGAGAAGGACGCCGACAUGGACAAGGACCGGGAGAGAGAGUGGCCCGCCGACUCUAAUUUCAAAGGACGCGGCCGGGGGGAGUAUUACUCCAGAGGGCGGAGCUACCGGGGGACUUACAGCGGGCGAAACCGGGGGGGUCGCGGCCGAAGCCGGGCGGAGUUCAAUUACCGAGAGCCCCGCUCCCGCUCGGACUUGCCCUCCGCCGGGGGCGCCGCUGCCUUCCGCAACCGGGAGGAGAGCGAGACGCGCAGCGAGAGCUCCGACUUUGAGGUGAUCCCCAAGCGCCGCCGGCGCCGCGGCUCAGACACCGACUCUGAGAGCGAAGGAGGCCGAGAGUCGGCCAGCGACACGGGGCCGUCGGACCGCGAGCCCAGCACCAAACCCGCUCGUCCGCUGAGACGAGAGCUCCCCGGGGAGGCCCGGCCCGCGCCCCACAAGCCCGGCUUUGGACCUCCUCACGUGGGGGAACGGGCGGGGCCCCGGGGGGACGAUGACGGCCGGCCCAAGCCGGGAUUCCUCCCGAAAGGAGAGCCCUCACGGCGGGGAAGAGGAGGAUUGUACAACCGACGAGGUGGAGCGAGGGAGCGGGGCGCCCCCCGCCCCGGCCCCCUCAGGCGGCCAGGAGCCAGAGAGUCCCCGUCCCAUUGGCCCUCCAAGCCCAUGGAGACCUUCAGGCCCGAGGACGCCGAGUCCUCGCCGAGAUACGACAAUCCUGCAGCCGAGCGGCGAUUCCCGAAGCCUGAAGGGAAGCGAUUUGGAGACGUGGCCCCUCAGAGCGGCAGGGAGAGGCCUCGUAGGACCAGACCGGCGCGGCCCCCCAGGCAAGAUAAACCCCCCCGCUUUAGGCGCUUGAAGGAGCGGGAGGCUGCGGGGUUAGCCAGUGGAGACGCCGUCCCUAGUCCCCCAGUCCCACUGCUCCCCGCCAGUAGCUCCGCCCUGUCCAGGGCCCCCGUGGCGCUUCCUGCCGAGGCGGCAGCCGCUUUGCCGGCGAACGACCUGUCCUCCCCCACGGAGGCUCCCUUGCCGGAGACCAGCAGCCCCCCCGGCACCGCGGCCGGUACCAAGUCCCCCGACCUGUCCAACCAGAACUCCUCUGAUCAGGCCAACGAGGAGUGGGAGACGGCGUCGGAGAGCAGCGACUUCAACGAGAGGCGAGAGCGGGAGGAGAGGAGAGGAGCGCUGGAGGCCGCGAGCGAAGCGGCCAACGCUUCUGCUCCGGCCCCCGCGCCCCCGCAGGGCUCCUUGACCCCCAACAAAAGCCCCCCCGACGGAGUGGUGACCCCCAGACGUGACGGGGCUCCUCCGGCCAAGAGGAGCUUCUCCAGUCAGAGACCUGCGGAGCGGCAGAACCGCAGAGGCAACAGCGCUGCCAAACCGGUCCGGAGCUACACGGGGGGCAAAGGCGAGAGGAGGGGGGGGGGCAGAACCGGCCGCAAAGGCCCUGCAGCGCUGCAGAACUCAGAAGGUGGAGCACCAGGCGCUGGAGCAGCGUCGCAGAGGCCUCCGAAAGACCAGAGCCGGCGCAAAGACGAGGCCAAGCAGGCCGCCAAGAAGCCCAAAGAGAACGCGCUCUCCCAGUUCGAUCUCAACAACUACGCCAGUGUCGUGAUCAUCGAUGACCACCCGGAGGUCACCACCACAGAGGACCCGCAGUCCAACCCCAACGAUGACGGCUUCACGGAGGUCGUCUCCCGCAAACAACAGAAGCGCCUGCAGGACGAAGAGAAGCGGAAAAAGGAAGAGCAGACGCCGCCGGCGAACUGGAGUAAGAAAGGCGCCAGCGAGAAAGGCAGAGGGGGCGGAGGAAAGCUGCCCCCCAGAUUUGCUAAAAAGCAGUCAUCACAACAACAACAACAACAGCCGCCGCCGCCGCCACCGCAGCAACAACAACAACAACACUCCUCUCAGUCCCCUGCAGUUCCUCCCCCUCAGGCCCAGCACCUCACCCCCUCCCAGCCCGCUGCCUCCCCCCAGUCUCUGGAAGGGACGGCGGUCCCACAGCCCUCCAUCCCCCCUCCCGCCCUGGACUUCACCUCAAAGGGCUUACUGCCCACGCAGCCGCACAGCACUCUGGGUACAGAGCUGUGACACCAGGGGGUCUCUCGCGUCCUGCCUGAAGUCAAGAAGCUUGGUCCCAUCAGCCCCCCCCAGCCCCCUGUGAGCGCCUGGACCAAGCCGCUGACCUCCUUCACCGGCGAGGGGGUGAAGCCGGGGUCGGAGGUCGCGGGGGAGCUGGCGAUGGAGAGCAUUCAGUUUGGAGCGCCGUCGUCUGCGGGCAGCACGGACAGCGACGGCGCUCCGGCGCUGCCAGAGGUCGUCUCUGAAAACAAGCUGCCCGCCCCAAAGGAGCAGCGACCCAAGCAGCCGCGGGCCGGGCCCAUCAAAGCGCAGAAGCUCCCUGAGCUGGAACCAGUGGAACCCAAGGAGUACAAGCCGGGUCCCAUCGGGAAGGAGCGCUCUCUAAAGAACCGCAAGGCCAUAGACGCCGAGGGGGGGGAGGGAGGAGUCCCCGGGGGGGGCGUCGGCAGAGCCACAGACCCCAGUCCUCCCAUCAGCGACGCCGCCGUACCCGAGCUGGGCGGAGACAUCGAGGGCAUGAUCACCGUCGCCUCGGCAGAGUACCACAGUAACUCCAAGGAGUCCGUCACUGACUACACCACCCCCUCCGCCUCGCUGGCAGACAGCGUUCCCACCGGAGUCAACAAGAUAGACGAGAGUCUGGUGGCCAACGUGGCGCUGCCCCACCCGCUGCCCCUCCCCCGACGGGAGACCCUGCAGCAGAGCUCCAGCCUGAGCACCGUGUCUCCUGCCACAGUGGACCUCACGCUGAAGAUGGAGUCGGCCCGUAAGGCGUGGGAGAACUCCCCGAGUCUGGAGAAGAACUCUCCGAUCACCACCUCUUCCUCCCCCAUCACCUCCUGUGCGUCCUCGUACUCCACCUUCUCCUCCGCCUCCAUGCCACAGAUCCCCGUGGCGUCCGUCACGCCCAGCACCUCGCUGUCAGGCGCCGGCACCUACACCACCUCGUCCCUCGGCACCAAGACCGCCACGGCCUGCGACCCCCCGAACAUCUGCAAGGUGAAGCCCCAGCAGCUGCAGGUGGGCGGUCUGUCCUCCAACGCUGGCAGCUUCUCCCAGCUGGGCUGCGUGCCGACCCUCCUGCCGCCGCAGCAGCAGCAGACCCCCCAGGUGUACGUCUCUCAGUCUGCAGCAGCUCAGAUUCCAGCCUUCUACAUGGACACCAGCCACCUCUUCGGCAACCCCCACCCUCGCCUGGCCCCCCCCUCGCUGGCGCAGCAGCAGGGCUUCCAGCCGGGCAUCUCGCAGCCCACAGCAGUGCAGCAGAUCCCCAUCCCCAUCUAUGCCCCCCAGCACCAUCAGCCCCAGCACCAACAUCCGCACCAUCAGCCCCAGCACCAACAUCAGCACCACCAGCCCCAGCACCAACAUCAGCACCACCAGCACCAACAUCAGGCCCAGCUGGGGCUCAGCACCGGCCCCCCCGUCUCCCAGCAUCAGGACCUGUUCAGUUCCUCCUUGCAGCCUUACAGGUCCCAGCAGGCCUUCAUGCAGAGCAGCCUGUCGCAGCCCUCCAUGAUGCUGUCGGGCCCCCCGCUGCACAGCUACGCCGGCGUGCAGGCCUCCGAGCUGGGCAAGCCUCAGUCCGGCCUGGCCUACCAGCAGGCCUCCUCCACGCAGCACAUCCCCAUCCUGUUUGAGCCGCAGCUCAACCAGCCCUCUGGCAUGGGGGGCUCCCAGCUCAUGGACACACACCUGCUGCAGGCCCGCCAGGGGAUGAGUCAGCAUUCCAACAUGUACUCGGGGCAGGUGCAGCAGCACGGCCAGAGCAGUUAUUACAGCAGCACGCAGUCGCCCAGUUCGGCCAUGCAGCAGAUGACGGUGCAGAUGCCCAGCUCCCUGUCGCUGCCUAACUUUGGCUCAGGCGGAGGUCAGCCCCUCCUGGCGCUGCCCCCCACUCCCCCCCAGGCCCAGCCCCCCAACAUCAACCGGCAGCCCCCGGUCUCCCAGCCGUACCGAGGCCUCAUGGGCCCCAACCACAGCAUGAUGCCGAGCAGCAAGAUGGACAUGGAUCUGAAGCUCUUCGGCAGUGGGAUGGAUGUGAAGCCUGGAACGCCGCCCAUCGGAGCCCGGAGCACCACGCCCACCUCCAGCCACUACAGGGCGAGCUCCACGUCCCCCAGCAGCCAGUCCAGCAAGAUCAACAGCAUGCUGUACCAGAAGCAGUUCCAGGCCAGCGCCGCCGGCUUGAGGAUGUCGCAGCACUUCCCCGGCCAGUUCCCCCCCCAGAUUCUGUCUCAGCCCAACAUGGUCUCCCCUCUGGUUCGACCCCCCCACGUCAACUCAUUCCAGCGCUCCUCUUUGGGCCCCCCCAUGGGACCCCCGAUGUCCCCCAAUGUGGGCGGCGGCCUCAUGCCCCACCCCCGACCUCAGCACCCACAGCUAAGCCAGCACCCCCCCCGAGGACCUCCCGGCCCCCCGCUGGCCCCCAGAGGCACGCAGUCGGGUCUGAGGGUGGAGCAGGACCUGAAGGCGAAGCAGCGGGCCGAGGUCCUCCAGGCCACUCACAGGUUCUUCUCGGAGCAGCAGCAGCUCAAAGCCCCGCAGGUCAGCAAGGGGGGGAAGCCCCCACUCGACGCCUCCGCCCCAAACCACCCGGGGAUGAGCGAGCGGGCGGAUGCAGACAAGCCCCCCAUGUCCACGACCAAGCCCGUCAGGACCGGCCCCAUAAAGCCACAGGCCGUCAAACCAGAGGAGGGCAAGUGAGAGGCGGGGGAGCCCUGUUCAGGAGGAGAGCGCCAUCUACUGGGGGGGCUGUGUGGGGGGGGGAGCAACGCUGUCCCGCCGCAACACAACUCCCCCCACCCCCCCCCACCCUGAUCUGGCCUCAGAGCGAGUUCUUCUGAUUCAGAGGCCGAUCAAACGGUUUAAUCCAUAAGAAAUCUGCUCUGAUGGAAGAGAAGAUCCAAAAUGAGAUUUGCUGCUGUUUUUGUUUUUUUGUUGUUUUUAAGGCCCCUCCCCCUCCUUCCCUCGCCAGAUCACACAUGUAUAACCGGGGAGAAUGUGUUCUGCUAAAUUGAAGAAGGUUUUGUUUAGUAGCGAACGAUCUAGUUGAGGAGAUGUGAUUUUGUUGUUUUUUAGAGACGCCGAUCGCCGUCUCCUCGGCCGCCGGAUGGCGAGCGUCUUUUCUUUGUUUGUUUUUACCCGAAGGGGAGAGCGGAGAAAGACGCCGUCGAUUUGAAAAGAAAGAUUUUGAUUCCUCCGGAGUCUAUUUAGGGGUUUGGGCCGGACUGCAGGAUGAGGCUGUUUUAGAGGACGGGAGGAGACGGAUGCGUAUCGCUGUGAGCACAAUACGAGGGGGGGCUCUGGAGGGAUGAGGGAGGGUAAUGAUUUGUUUGUUUUUGUUAACUUGUACAGGGGUUUCAUCGCUGUAUUAAAUAUGUACGGUCUUAUUUACAUUCUCUUGGUUUGGUUACAGAAACUAAUAAAAUAAUAUACUGUU